CCCCCGUUUGGACGCUGCCUGCAUGAAAAGCGGGGCACUGCUUUGGCGCGCAGCACCCAUUUGCUUCUUGUUGCGUGGCGGAUGACGAAACCACCAAACGGCAGCCUCUCUUCUCCUCACCGGCAGACAACUUGCGACUGUUUGUAUAUCAAGCUGUCGUCUUGGGCAACACUGCGGAGUUGCUUCACUACACUCGCUGCAUCUUGGAAGACGGGCUUUAUUGCCUUACUUGUUAGACCAGCUUCGCCGCGAGAGGCCGCCUGCACACCUUCGUUGCGAUCGCCCCAACCACACACACGACCAUCUUGGGCGGCUUCCAAGUCAAGCUCCGGAACCCUACUUGCUGGUAGUCAGUAUCACCAACUACAUACAUAUAUAAAUCAUCAUGCCAGGCCCUCCGCCACCGCCGCCACCCCCUCCACCUGGCGCUGGAGGUCCUCCUCCUCCUCCCCCUCCCCCUGGGGGCGGCCCUGCUGCCCGACCUCCCGCGGGACGAGGUGCUCUGCUCGCCGAUAUUAACAAAGGUAAAGCGCUGCGAAAGGCCGUUACCAACGAUCGUUCAGCCCCUACCAUCGAGAAAUCAUCGUCUUCAGGAAAUGCACCCGUAGGCGGUGCACCGCCAAUUCCGGGAGGUCUUGCGCCUCCUGUUCCCGGAGGUAGAGCGAGAAGCAAUAGUGAUCAAGGUGCUGGCGUAGCAGGUAUGGAAUCGGCACCUCAGCUUGGCGGUCUCUUUGCUGGUGGUAUGCCCAAGCUCAAGAAGAGAAGCGGUGGUGUCAAUACCGGUGCGAAUGCGGAUACAUCCUAUGCCUCUGAUACAGAGGUUGCACGCAGCUCCAGCGCACCCAGGUUGCCCACUGCUCCUCGACCACCUGGCGCUGCCGCACCUCCCAUCCCAGGACGACCUCCAGCUCCCCCGGUAGGAGGUAUUAGUGCGCUGAAGAAGCCAGCCAAACCUCCUCCAAUUGUGGGCAAGAAGCCUCCAAUGCCUCCUCCAGUAGGCAGGAAACCUGCUUCCGCCAGCAUCUCUGCACCCUCGGCUCCGGCACCACCGCCUCCUCCUCCACCUUCAUCCGCGCCGCCUCUACCAGCUACUUCUGCACCAACACCGUCAGCUCCGCCUCCUCCCCCCCCUCCAUCUGCAGCACCUCAUAGACCUGCUCCAGCUAUCCGUACUCAGGCUCCUCCUCCUCCUCCUCCUCCUCCGCCACCAUCGUCCAACAGCACAGCAUCGGCACCUGCUGCUCCUCCACCACCCCCUCCACCUGGUGCCGCUCCUUCAGCACCGAGUUCGCUCUCGCCUCCUGCGCCGCCUCCCCCGCCUCCCCAGUCACGGAAUAGAGCAUCGUCGCUGCGGCAAGCCAUGAUGGAUCCCACCGCUUUCACGCUAAGCGCCAACGGGUCUGGCACAUCUUCUCCAUCAGGUCGUGCCAACCACUCGCCGAGCCCCAGCUUUGGUGGACGCAUUGUUAUAUCUGAUUCAAGAUGGCAUUUCAAAGAGGAUAGCUCGCUACCAAAGCCAAGGCCUUUCACAGGAGGUGUAAGGAAAUACAGAGCCGGCCGAGGAAGCAGUGUGCCAUUGGAUCUCUCUGUUCUAUAGAUGUUUGUAAAGAUUAGGUUAUCGUUAAUAAGAGCGAAAAUUACUUGAUAAACAAGGUG